AUGUAUCAAGGCAGCGGCCAGAGACAUGUCUCGGGCAACGACCCGACACGACCCUUCCAAGCUCCCCUUCCCCUUCCCCUUUCCAUCCCCCCACCUCCGCCUCCGAUCGCCCCAGGUCCUCCCAUGAACAACAUAAUGAAUAUCCCUCCGCCGCCCCCGGGACCCCCAAGAUACGCGCCCGCGCCCGGUUCGGCCGCCGGCGUCGUUGUCCCUCCGCCGCCGGGGCCUCCUCCGAUCGGCUCCCUUGGCAAGCAGCAGACGUGGCACGCCAGCUACGGCGGCCGCAUGUACGACGGCCGCCCGGCCAUCAACCUACCGCCGCCUCCGCCGCCGACCCAACAUCCGAUUCAACACACGGCCCUGCCCCCGCCGUACAACCCGAAGCUGCACGCCCAGAUGGCCGCCGUCCAGAGUGCGGGCAUGCCGCCGCCGCCGAGGCCGAGUGACGCCAUGAGCGCGACCUACAUACCCACGGGCGACACCUGGGGCGAGGGCGUCGGCAUCCCCGGCUUCGGCGUCAACGACUCGUCGCCCGGCGGGCGCGCCCACAGUCCGUGGCACAUCGCGAUGGCCCAGAGCGGCAUCGAUGCCAACUUCGCCGCCACCAUGGACGACUCGCUCGCGAGGGACAGACUCUACAUGGCCGCCCAGACGAGAGGCCUGUCCAACGCUUCGAGUGCCGCCACCGGUAGCACGAUACCACCGGACACGGCCGCCCACUGGCCGCUCGACACCGUCCUGGCCUGGCUCGCCCAAAACGGCUUCUCCAAGGACUGGCAGAGCACCUUCAAGGCGCUAAACCUGCACGGCGCCCAGUUUCUCGAGCUUGGCAGCCUCCACGGCGGUCGAGGGAAUUUCGGCAUGAUGCACCAGAAGGUCUACCCGCGCCUGGCACAGGAAUCCACCGCCAGCGGCUCCGGCUGGGACCAACCCCGUGAGCGGGAGGAAGGGAAGCGCAUGCGGCGCCUCAUCCGGGGCAUCGUCACCGGAAAGCCCGUCGAAUUGUCCAAGCUGACGAGCUCCUCCCACGGCCGCAACUACUCCGUCAACCUCGGCCAGGGGAAUAGCCUUCCAAGUGCCGGCACCGAUCCGACAGAUUCUCCCAAUGUGCGUUGUGCGAGCUCGCUCGUGUCGAUGCAUCAACUGACAAUGCGGCAGACCCUCCACAAUCCGUCCGACGCCGCCUUACCCACAGCGUUUGCCGUGACGAGGCACUCUCAGACGCGGGCAACAACCAUGCCCUUGCUCAACAACGGUGCUGUGAGCUCCGAUCCGAGUCAUCGGCUAGCCCUGAUGCAUAUCGACACGGAGCCCAACAUGCGCCUGAGCCCCAUAUCGAGCGACUUCGCCGACGCCGGCCACUGGGGGGCAUCCGGGAAUCCUGACAGCCAGAACGAGGGUUCUGGUUCGCAACCAACUCUAUUCCCGUCGGCGACAACCCCAGCCCUGUCGGCGUCGACCCCCGGAUCGGCAAAGUUUGGACACCUCUCCCGCAGCAGCGUCGACUCGGCGUCAUCCAGCGCUGCCAUCUACGGCUCCGGCGUUCCCCUCGAGGCCGCUGCCAUAAUGGGUCGUGGCUUGACCCUUGGAGAAGUCCUGGCGGCGGGAAGACACCCGGACGGACGGCCAAAGCAAUCGCCGACAGACGCUGGUGAUCGGUCGGCCGGUGCCGAGGGGGCUCCAACAUCCGCCAAGGACUCGAAAAGCUUUCUCAGCUUUCUCUCCCGCAAGAAGCGGCUGAAGGAUGAUGGAUCCUUCCCGUCCCCGGACGACCUUGACUCUCCAGACUCCGCAAUAGCUCUGCCCAAGCCUUUAUCGGUGCCCCAUCGAAGCAUAGGCGGUGGCGACACGCGUCUGGAACGUCCUGCUUCGAGCUAUGGCCCCCAAUACCCGGCCAGCUUCGCUUCCGUGCGAGAGGCGAAGGGGUCCAGUGCCAUGAAGACCUAUGUCCUCGCCACGCUGGAUUUUUGGAACUACCGCAUGUGCGACAUAACGCAGGCGGAAUCGGCCAUCGACAUUCGUCAGGCCAUCUGCGCCAACCUCGGGCUGAUCGGAUCUGGACAUACGACCAUGUAUCUCACGGAACUCGGCAAGUUUGACCAUAGCGAGCCGCUGGAUGAUCAGCAGCUUCUCACCAACAAGCGCGUCAAGGGAGAUUCCGCAGGCUCACUCAAGUUCUUCGUCGCACCUGGCGAGGCUCCCGGUGCACCAACAGGCAGUGGUGUGCUGGCAUCGCUCUCUCCCGGAAACGUACCACCUGAAAUGGACGAGGCAACGUAUGCCAUCCUGAACGGCCGGCAGCGAUCCAGCUCUUCGCCGUCAAAUUCCAAGUCAAAGGCGAUGCUGGGCGACUCGACAGACGGCCAGGGGCGGGAGCAGGAAGCUAGCGAGUACAGAUCGGAGAUUGACCGGAAGCAGCGCGAGUAUCUUGCCAAGCGAAAACAGGCUCAUAAGAAGGAACACCCGUCCUCCCCGGAGCUCACGGGGCCUUAUGGAAUCGUCGGCCGAAACGUGGACUUUGACCAGCCCAGAGAUUCACCUUUCGAAGACAAGCGGCCGGAUCAGCUCUUCCCGCAGAGAAAGCCUCCAGCGCCCCCGAGCGAUCCGUCCGCGACUCUCAUCAAGGCCAACUCUCUGAGCAGAAGGCCAGGGCAAAACUCGCGCGCCGCCUCGAGCGCAAGCGUCGAAAGCAUCCUCUCAUCGAGGCGACCUUCCACUGCUGCUGGGACGGUCGAGAGCGAGGCCAUCGAUGGCAAGAAGAAGGCCAAGUACGCCGCACAGAUGACCGGCCCCGCCGGUGGCAUCGGCGCUGCCUUGGUCGGCAUGGGUAGGAACCUGGGGGCGAUUGGGCAAUCCUCGGCGAACUCCCGGCGAGCAGUGUCCCCAAAGCGGAUAGUCUCGUCGCCAGUGACGCCCUCAUCCGAUGACUGUGUGCAGCAGUCAGCCAAGAAGGCAAUUCCCGGCAGUCACCUUGGCCAGCAUGUGCGGGAAAAGAGCAGCCCGAAGCUGCCUUCGGGCUCGCCGGGAACGAUCACGUUGAGUCCCGGCAACGUCUCCUUCAUCGUCCCGGACUAUUCUCCCGUCGGCACGCCGACGCAAGCAUCGCACAGGCCAAGCAGCAGCGGAACGGGUAUGAAGCGGCGUGAAGUCGGCGAGCGUUCUUCUCAACCCGACUUGAGCUCCAACCUGUCGCAAUCGAUGACGACGAGCUCGAGCGACAACCCUCCCAGGCGAAAGUCGCACGGGCCAGAUCUUGACUUUACGGAUUCCGACGUCACAUUUUCCAAUCCGGUUCAGCCAUCGCAGCCGGCGCGAAAGCAGCAGGAUGAGGACGGCGACGACGACUCCGACGAUGGCUUGUUCGCCAUCCCCCUCGCGGGCAGGAGCAAGAGCAAGGCCGACAUAGGCGCAGGUGGUACGGCAUCGGAUGAAUCGGACCAUUCUCAGCGCCCGAGCCUGACGUUGAACACUUGUCGUCAAAAGUCCAAGAAAUUGUCCGUGUCGUUUACGUCGCCCCAGUCUCUCGGAAGCACGUCGACGACGGAGAGCAACGACGGAGUGGCGAGCGCGAGAACGGGCGCGAGCUCCCGCCGAACGCCAGCGACGCCGGGCUCCGAGGGAUGGGAAUCCGAAGACAGAGAGCUGGAGAGGGAGAGCAAGAUCAACAGACGAAAGUCGUUUAUAGAAAAGGACGUCUGGGCGAACCGACCGCCCACCGAUGCGCUGCUGAACAACCUCGACGACUUCUUCCCCAACCUCGAUCUGGAUCAGCCGGUGCUGGAGGAGAGCCUCGGCAGCGACGUGUCGGCGCUGGCCAUACCGGAGGGGGACGAGGGUGCCGAUCAGAGGGGCACGGCGACGUCCUCGGCCAUGGCGCAGCUGACGACGGGCAGCUCCAUGGGCAUCGGUCCCUCGGCGAUUCCGACGUCGGCGCAGCAGCCGUCGCUCUACGACGACGGGGACACGCUGGGCUCCAACGAGUCGACGCUCAAGGCGUCGGAGCGGCCGCACGCAUCGCAUUCCAUGGCGCAGAGGAGCAUGCGACGGUCCGGCGGCUUGGGCCGGAUGAGGUCGAUCCGCGAGGUCGCCCGUGGCGCACACGAGGCGAACAAACGAUACAACACGGUGUCUCAUCACCCGGGCACGGCCAGCACGAACAUGAUGCGGCGCAAGAGCACCAAGAUGUUCAACGCCAACAUCGUCCAGAUACGGCCGGACCAGCGUGGAAGCAUGGUGCUGCCGCAGAUACCGCAGGACACGCUGCCGAAGCGUCAGACGACCUUUCGUUGGUUCAAGGGUCAGCUCAUCGGCAAGGGCACGUACGGCCGCGUCUACCUAGGAAUGAACGCCACCACGGGCGAGUUCCUGGCCGUCAAGGAGGUCGAGGUGAACUCCAAGGCUGCCGGCGGCGACAAGAGCAAGAUGCGGGAGAUGGUCGGGGCCCUCGACCAGGAGAUCGACACGAUGCAGCACCUCGACCACAACAACAUUGUGCAGUACCUGGGCUGCGAGCGCAAGGAAACCAGCAUCAGCAUCUUUCUCGAGUACAUUUCCGGUGGCAGCAUCGGAUCGUGUCUGCGGAGGCACGGCAGGUUUGAAGAAUCCGUCGUCUCGUCGCUGACGCGCCAGACGCUGUCGGGCCUCGCGUACCUGCAUCGCGAGGGAAUCCUGCACCGCGACCUAAAGGCCGACAACAUCCUGCUGGACCUGGACGGCACGUGCAAGAUCAGCGACUUUGGCAUUUCGAAGAAGACGGACAACAUUUACGGCAACGACAAGUCCAACUCGAUGCAGGGAUCCGUCUUCUGGAUGGCGCCCGAGGUCAUCCGCUCGCAGGGCGAGGGGUACAGCGCCAAGGUGGACAUUUGGAGUCUCGGCUGCGUCGUGCUGGAGAUGUUCGCCGGACGACGACCGUGGAGCAAGGAGGAGGCGGUCGGGGCCAUCUACAAGAUUGCCAACGGCGAGACGCCGCCGAUUCCCGAGGACAUCCAGGACACGAUCGGGCCGCUCGCCGUGGCUUUCAUGAUGGACUGCUUCCAAGUGAACCCGUUUGACCGACCGACGGCAGACGUGCUUCUCUCGCAGCAUCCCUUUUGCGACUUGGAUUCAAACUACAACUUUUACGACACGGAGCUGCACCACAAGAUCAAGGACGCGUACAAGCACAAGUAG